CACACGUUGACUGACAGCUCUUUAGAUAAAAUGUCAAUAGAAUCGCGAAAUUGAGUUGAAAAAGUUUUAUUUCAUUUUAUAAAUGAAUAUAAAAACAGUUUAAAGCCAGUGUGCAUUUAUAAUUAUUAAGGAACCUAGUUUUAAACGAGCAACACGAUGACAACGUCGAUAAAAUGUCUGUUGCUUCUCACGCUCACGUGGAAAGUGGCGGAGGUGUCUUCAGCCGACCAUCUCCUCGAGGGCAUCUACUGCGGUAAAGAGAACUGUUACGACGUGCUGGGGCUCACCCGCGAGGCCACCAAGUCCGAGAUCGGCAAAGCCUACCGCUCACUAGCCAAGAAAUACCAUCCAGAUCUACACCGCGAUCCUGACGCCAAACAGGAGGCGGGAGAGAAAUUCAAGGAAAUAGCGACCGCCUACGAAAUACUCCGAGAUGAAGAAGAAAGGUCCGACUACGACUACAUGUUGGACAACCCACAGGAAUACUAUGCUCACUACUACAGAUAUUACAGGAGGCGAAUGGCCCCCAAAGUGGAUGUGAGAAUUGUUAUAGCAGUAACGAUAACAAUAAUAUCCCUGAUUCAGUACUUUAGUGGAUGGUCUAAGUAUGACACCGCUAUCAAGUACUUCAUGACGGUGCCAAAGUAUAGAAAUAAAGCAUUAGAAAUAGCCAAAGCUGAAACAAAAGAAGUUAGUAGCAAGAAAACCAAGAAGAGUAAAGCUGAACAGAAAGAGGAGAUGGAUCGGAUAAUCCGACGAGUCAUCGAGGAGAAGAUGGACAUUAAGGGGGCAUAUGCUCGGCCGGAGGUCACCGACAUCCUGUGGGUGCAGCUCAUCAUCCUGCCCUACACCAUCUCGUACUACGUCUACUGGUACUUGCGCUGGUUCUGGAAGUUCACUCUCAUGAAGCAGCCCUACGGUGAGGAGGAAAAGUUUUAUUUAAUUAGAAAGAACCUGAACUUAGGUGAACAUCAGUUUAACGCUGUAGAAGAUGAGGAGAAGCAAGAGUACUUAGAUGAAGAAUUAUGGAUUAAGGAGAACUUUAAAGUGUGGAAAGAGAUAAAGGAUGAAGAGGCUAAAAAGGCACUUGCCGAAAACAAUAAAUACAAACAGUACCGGAGGUACAUGAAGCAGCAUGGUACAGGGAGAAUGACAUUUGAUGACUCAUAGUAUGAAGGGUCUUUUUAGUUCCAUUAUUUAUUACUUAAUUAACAGGUUGUUGUGAGAUUCUUUCGUGACAGUGAUAUGAAGAGAUCUAUUUUAUGUACAUAAAUAUUUUAUUUGUAUCAUCUUUAUCAGAUGUAUGUGUAUGUAAAUUAAUUUAUUACUUGGAUUAAAGAAUUUUAUGUUGAGUCUUUGGUAAAGAGAGUUCCAUGCUUAUGGUCUAUUCCUAUGACAAAGGUAUAAUUUAAUAAACCUAAUCCAUAUACUGUGACAUAAUAAUUUAAAAUAAAAUUGGGAAAUACCAUUGUACCAUGCAAUCUGGAACUGAAGAACUAUGUUAAAUUAUUACUUUCAACCUACUGUUAACAAUGGUCACAAUAUUCAAAAGUGAUAACAGAAUAAAACAUCUUUCUUACACAA